UCUAGUUCUCUCCACUCCACUCAGUGAGACAGUGAAAGCGUGCUGCUCCCUUCUUUUCUUUAGGUCUUUCCUUUCGUGACCCUUUAACAUGUCGAUGACAUGGGACAUGGGAAUCAGACCAGUGUCUCCGAGUUUCUUCUCCGGGGGCUCUCCCAGUGGCCAGAACACCAACAUCUCUUCUUCGGAUUGUUUCUGUCCAUGUACCUGGUCACCAUGGCAGGGAACGUGCUCAUCUUCCUCGCCAUCGUCUCUGAAGCGCGCCUGCACACCCCCAUGUAUUUCUUCCUGGCCAGUCUCUCCUUGGCUGACAUCGGUCUGUCGUCCAGCAUAGUCCUGAAGAUGCUACACAACCUUUAUACGCAGCAUCACACCAUCUCCUACACGGGGUGUCUGGCGCAGCUCUAUUUCUUUCUUUCCUUCGGGGAUAUGGACAGUUUCCUGCUUGCUGUGAUGGCGUAUGACCGCUACAUGGCCAUCUGCCACCCGCUCCACUACAGCACGGCCAUGAGCGCCCGGGUCUGCGUCCUUCUGGUGAGCGUGUGCUGGCUGGUCACCAAUCUCCACGCCCUCUUGCACACUUUACUCAUGGCAAAAUUGUCCUUUUGUGUGCUGGGGGAAAUAUCCCACUUCUUUUGCGACAUUAGCCCCCUGUUGAAAGUGUCUUGCUCCGACACUCGCGUUAAUGAGUUAAUGGUUUUUGCUGCAGGGGGUCCAGUGAUGACGGUUCCUUUCCUAUGCACUCUGGUCUCUUAUAUUUGCAUUGUCUACGCCAUUCUCAGAAUGCCAUCCUCAGGCGGUGGCAGGAGCAAAGCCUUCUCCACUUGUGGCUCUCACCUCUCUGUGGUCUGUAUGUUUUAUGGACUGAUCAUGAUGAUACAUGCUGUCCUUUACAGAGAGAUGACAGAUUAACUGCUGAGAUCUGAAGGUCUACAGUGAAGGAUUCAUUUGGCUUAGCCUUAGAGGACAAAACUCAAAGCAACGAGCAGAAUUUACACAGAGGUAGGAUUUUAGCUGAGAAGAAACUUUCUAAGAAUUAGAUCUGACAAAAGUAAGAUAAUGCUGCCUCAAAAGGUAGUAAGUUUUCCAUACUGAAGGUUUUCAGGCUGAGGCUGAAUGGGGAUUUGUUGGCAAUAUUGUAGAAGGAGCUGAUACUAAAGUAUAGGUUAAAGUAAGAUGGAAACCAGAAAGCCUACAAUAAGAAUGAUUUUAUGGUUCAAAAUCAUAGAAUUAAUUAUUUUUGAGCUGUGAAUAAUUUAUUUAAAUCUUCUCAUUUUUCUUAUAAAAUAUCAGCUUAUGAAUAGUUUGGGGUAAAUCUUAUCAGUUGGUCAAUCAUAGCAUGAGACUUGAUGUGGACUAAAAAAUCCCAGAAAAUAUAAAGAAAAUGAAUUAGUAAAAGAAAAUAAAGAAUUGGUAAUUAUUGUGCAAAAAAGUUUAAAAAGAAAAAAAAACCUUUUUAAAGCCAUUCCUUUGGACAAAAUCAUUAGCCCUGAAAAAAAAAGAUUUGGGUUAUGGAAUUUCUAAAUAUUGAAAAUGGAUUACUGAGAACUUAUAAGUUAUAAUACAAGAAUGAUUUCUAAUAAUUGAUCUUUAUACUAUGAUGAACUAGAGAAGGAAAUCAAGUGAAAAUGCUAAAUGAAAUCUCUUCUAGAUGUGUGAAGUCUAAUAAAGCUUUUUAUUGCAACUUCAUGAGAGUAAAAUUGUAUUCAGCUCUAAGCUGUGGUUAGUGAAAGUUGUCAUUUGAGGCAAAAAUUCUUGGGACUGAAAUUGAUAUUAUUUUACAUUUUGAAAUCAGGCAUAGUUGUCUAUUAAAUUGAUAAUUAAGUCAGUAAUCUACAAAGAGAAAAGCCACAAGUUACCCAGAAGUGUGAUCCUGAACAGUUGGAGGUUUUUACCUGGGGAAAAAAAAUUAGGACAAUUAACUGAAUAUAGCUGAUAGAAUCCUCUCGACUCAAUUUAUUUUGCUAUUUCCUUUUAAAUAGGAAUGUUUCCAAACCUGAUAUUCCCAAGUCAGUCUGCAAGGCAGAAUUAUUAAAGCAUGACUGAUGCUUGCCUUUAGUCACUUAUAAAAAAAUAUAUAUAUAGUCACAUAACACAUAUAAAAUAUAUUAUAUAUAACAUAUAAUGUAUUGAAUCACUCUAUGACCUUGAUGUUUAUGCCUAAAAGGUCCAGUUUUGACUGUUAUAA